AUGGAGACCCUUUUUGUUGUUGAGCAGCAUAAGAACCAAUACUACAACAGGUCCAAGUCACAGGGCCAUGCUCGAUUUGGGGGUUCACCUUCCAGGGGCUUUAGGGAUAUCAAUUGCAGGACUUUUGAGUCUGGGAGGACAGGUAUAUUGCCAACUCCUUUGAAAUCUAAUGGUUCUCCUAAAACACCACCUAACUCUGAUAACAAAACGCUUGGGAAAGGAAAAGUUACUCCUAAGAGCACCCCAAUUCCAAUCAAUGGUAUAGCUUCUCGGAAAGAGAGUGAAGAUGUCCAUGGUGGUGUAGAUCUUUUGCUUUCUGAGUUAUGGGCUGGUCCUACCUACUCAAAUUCUCCACCUCCUAGUUCUUUGCCGAUUCCAAAGUUUUCUGUCAGACCAAAGAGGACUGUGUCUCUUGAUCUUCCUGGCUCCUCCCCUGAGAUUGAAAUGCGCCCGCGCCCGGUGGCUAAAUCCGCACCCUCCUCUCCAGGCCGGGAGCAUUUGGAUUUGCCUUUUACAAGGGAUCUCUUUAUUAAUGCUGAUUCUGCUACGAAGACCCUGUGCCGGAUUCUUAAUCUUAACAUCAAUGACGACUGA